UCUUUCAACUUCUAAGCUAACCCUAAAUCAAACUCGAUCAAUCACUUAAACACCCAGUUUGAUUUCGAUUCAAUGUCGAAUCAACUACGAGCUGUAACCCUAACUCAUGUCCGUUAUCAAAAAGGAGAUCAAUUAGGCCACUUCUUGGCAUGGAUUUCAUUAGUUCCAGUUUUCAUCAGCCUCGGCGGUUUCGUCUCUCAUUUCCUCUUUCGUCGCGAACUCCAAGGUAUGUUAUUCGCUCUAGGGUUAUUAAUUUCCCAAAUCAUCAGCGAAUUGAUCAAAAUAACCGUCCAACAAGCCCGACCUGAGACCUGCAUCUUGCUCGAAAUGUGCGAUUCACAUGGCUGGCCUUCUAGUCAUUCACAGUACAUGUUCUUCUUCGCGACCUAUUUCACUCUAUUGACUCAUAGGAAAUCUGGAAUUCUGUUUAGAACUCAAAAUUGGAUGGUAGGUUUCGUUGCUUGGCCAUUGGCAUUGCUUACGAUGUAUUCUCGUGUGUAUUUGGGUUACCAUACGGUAAGUCAGGUGUUCGCCGGUGCCAGUUUGGGGAUUUUUCUUGGUGUAUUGUGGUUUUGGGUGGUUAAUUCUAAGAUUAGCAAGUUUAUUGUGGUGAUUGAGGAAAGUAAGAUUGGGAGGUGGCUCUAUAUCAAAGACACUUCACAUAUACCGAAUCUGUUGGAGUUUGAGUAUGAGAACUCGAGAGCUGUGCGAAGGCAUCCGUCGUACAAACGAGCAGAUUGAUGGAAGAAUAACUAAUAGUGUUUUCAGGUUUACGACUACCAUAGGACCUUAUAAAUCAUAUGCAAUCACACUCGACGUCCUUGGAUGGGCAUCACUUCAUAAAACCAAGCUGAAGUUUUCAAAUCCAUAACAAGCCCGAUUUGGGUUCGAGGAUUGAAACCCGAAAUUUUUUGUAGCUAGCCCUGACUAUUCGUGCGUAUGCCGAGAAAAAUAAAGGUACAUGGUGACGUAUCCGAAUACCUACAAGUCAUGGGUUCUUUCGUA